AUGAAGAAAGAAACAAACAUAUGCCGUAGAAUACAGAAGAGGCUUGAGAGGGCAAAGGUUGAUGCUAAAGAUGGGUGGCAUUUUGGGAUGGCAACUUCUCCUAUGGAGUCAAAGAGGGGGAUUCAAACAAGGUAUGUUGUGAGCUUGCUAAACAAAACAUGUAGCUGCAAUGCAUGGCAGCUAAGUGGGGUUCUAUGCCACCAUGCAGUGACAACAAUAUUGAAAUCCAAUGAGCUCCCCGAGUCAUAUAUUUCCCACUGGUCCAAUAAGGAAACGUAUUUGAAAGCUUAUGAGUUUCCUUUAGAGCCCUUAAAUGGACCUAAUGACGGGCCACAGUCAAUGCAAACACCCAUAGAAUCACCUGUAAUGAAAGUUUUGAAUAACAGGAGAGAAACAAAGAGAAGGCCAUCUGUUGGAGAAUCAGAGGGUAUUAAAGUCACAAGGGCAGGACAACCUCACAAAUGCAGUAUGUGUGGACAAAUAGGUCAUAAUAAAAAAAAAUGUAGAAUGUCGGGUACUUGA